AGCGUCAGGAGGAGUGCGAGGGGGGUGGGCACCAGCGACGGUCCGUGUGCAAACCGCGUGUGGCGCAGCGCAGAGAGGAGGAACCGAAAAUAAACAGCGCGAGUCGGGGAUCGAAGGAGUGGAAGCUCGCAGCAGUGGAGAUGAGUAGCAACGAGUGUUUCGGGUGCGGCCGCACCGGCCACUGGAUCAAGAACUGUCCCAAUGCGGGACGUGGGCGUGGCAAGGGGCGUGGCAGGGGGAAAGACCUUUUCUGCUACCGCUGUGGAGAGCCGGGCCACGUUGCCAGGGACUGCGAGAGAACUGAGGACGCAUGCUAUAACUGCGGUCGGGGAGGGCACAUCUCGAGGGACUGCAAGGAGCCCAAGAAGGAGCGCGAGCAGUGUUGCUACAACUGCGGCAAGGCAGGUCACAUGGCCCGCGACUGUGACCACGCCAACGAGCAGAAGUGCUACUCCUGCGGGGGCUUCGGCCACAUCCAGAAGGGCUGCGAAAAGGUCAAGUGCUACAGGUGCGGAGAGAUCGGUCACGUCGCCGUACAGUGCAGCAAGGCGAGCGAGGUCAACUGCUACAACUGCGGCAAGUCGGGCCACUUGGCGAAAGAGUGCACCAUCGAGGCCACGGCCUAGAGCGAUUCCCUUUGUCGCCCCUCCUUUUUCUGAUUGAUGGUUGUAUUAUUUUCUCUGAAUCCUCUUCACUGGCCAAAGGUUGGCAGAUAGAGGCUAGUCCCUGGCCAGUGAGCUCUUGACAUGUAAAAGGAGAGGAAAGGGGUGGAAAAAAAAAUCCACUUUCUGCAUUUAAUACAAAAAAAAAAUGUUUAUGUUUAGUUUGGUAGAGGUGUUAUGUAUAAUGCUUUGUUAAAGAAACCCCCUUUCCAUGCCACUGGUGAACAGGGAUGACUGAGUGUGGAUGAGACAAGUCGGGCAGCGCCCUCCCCCCCCCCCGGGCUGGUGGAAGCGAGCCUCGGUGACGCGGGGGGGUAGGGGGGGUGGGUCAAGCAGAACUGUGGAAGUCCGUGGCUUCCAUGUACGAUUUAAUUUUUUUGUUUCGUUGAACAAAAAAAAAUGGAAAAAAAAAAA